AUGUCGAAAGAGGCCGCAAUCCGCACCGGCGAAUCUUCUCCUCUCCUCCUCUUCCGACAAGUUUCACCGGGACCCGGAGAUUCCACCAUGCAGUUUCGGCUUCUUCAUUUCUGGGAUGCUCGCAAGAAUGUCAAAGGAGGACCAGGGAUCAUUCUUGGGAUCGAGCUCCUUCUGAUCGACGCAGAGGGUACUGUGGCUCAGGGGUUCAUUGGUCAGAACCGUCGCAACCAAUACGAGAAAGAGCUUAAGCGUGGGAUGAUCUACACACUGACAAACUACUAUGCAUCGAACAACAAGGUGAUGUACCAUGUUGCUGACCAGAGGCUGGUAAUUUGCAUCUCACAUGCCUCUGAGCUGAGGAAGGUGGAAGAAGACAUUGAAGCCAUUUUGACAGAGCGCUUCAGAAUCCAUUCCUUUGCAGAUUUUGAAGCAAACUGCGAUCUCAGAGGAGAUCUUCACGAUGUUGUCGGCCACCUUAAGCUGGUUGAUGGGAAUCCUCUCCAUCAGCGUCCGGUUUUGUGCAUCAAGGAUGACUCAGCUUCUCGGAAAAUCUUGGUUCAUUUGCAACUUAAAGAUGGUCCAGUGAUUAACGUCUACCUAUGGGACGAGGCAGCGGAGAAUUUCCGCGUCAAGUUUGACGCAUGUGCAGACACUCCAACGGUUCUUUUGGUGACAACAGUCAAUCCUAAGAGACUCGGUGGGAAGUUAUGCUUAAGUUCAAUGUCUUCAUCAAGAGUGUUCUUCGAUGAAGAGGUUGACCCCACCAAAGAAUACUUGGCCUGGUUGGCCACGAACCCUUCUGUGACUUCUUUGGUGAACCCUGUUGAGGUGGUCAAAGCUGAGACUCUCACAAUAGGUGAGAUUGCCGCCUUCAUCAAGCGUCAGCCUGCUCAGAUUGCCUACUUUGACUGCAUUGCCACAAUUGAUGAUGUCAAGCUUGGCACUGAGUGGUAUUACAUUGCUUGCAAGGAUUGCCAGACCAAGUUAAACCGUGGGCCUACAACGUUGCUUUGCCCAAAAUGCGGGAAUGAAAAUGCUACUGCAAUAGCCAACUAUCGUGUGGAGCUGUCUGUCUAUGAUAAUGAUGAGCAGUGCACGUUCAUCAUCCUCGGAGAUGCUGGGAAAGAUCUCACAGGCAGGAAAGCAACAGAGUUGAUCGAUGCUUAUGUUCAGGAAAAUGGUGGAGAUGAGGCUGAGAUUGAAGUUCCACUGCCACAGUGUUUCAUUGAUGCAAUAGGCCAGACAAAGAAAUUCAGGAUCAAGGUGGCUCACUACAACUUCACUUCCAGCAGGCUGUCCUUAACCGCCACCAAGAUAGUCUCAGCAGCAGAGUUACCACCAAAGAACCCCCCACUCAAGACGCUGCCAGGAACUGAAGUGGAGAACACAGAGUUGGGUGAGAGUAGUGGUGGUGGCGCUUCAGCUAUUGAAGAGGAGAAGAAGGCAAAACGUACCAAGCGUAGUGGCUAGAUGACAUGCUGAAUGAUCACUCCAUCAGUGGCUGGUACAGACUGCCCAGUCAUGAUGAUUCUCUAAUAACAGUCUACUUUAUCUCUCUUUAAACAGUUUUUUCCUUCUUGCUAAAACAGUUUGGUAUUGGAAACACUUUAUGGUUUCGUUUGCUUAUUUGAGUUGUUUUGUUUUUAUUCAUAGCUUUGUUAUGAAGUUUAAGAAUGAUCAGCAUAAUCAUAUUAAAGUGGUUUGAUUUUCAUUCCUAACUUAUUUAAGUUGUUUGAUCAGCUUGCAUUUUUGCAUACGUAUACGUAGUUAAGAGCCUAAUGCAUGCAUGCAUUUCGUAUUUAUCAAUAACAAUUUCCUUGACAGCAACUGUAAUACUGUCAAUUUAUUUACGUAUGGUCAUAUUUUGAAAGUCAAUUAUUAGUCAAAUAGUAUCUACUGAAUUUAUUGAGAAUUAAAUUUAAAAUAUUCUGUCAUUAAGUCAAAUUAAUGACGGCAUUAAACAUAUUAUAUGUAAAAUAACAUCAACAAUUCUAAUCUCAUAAACACAAGUCCAUCGCCCCUUUUCAGAAAUUCACGAGCCCUCAACAAAUUCAUUCCUAUUUUUUUUGCACAACCAGAUUCAUUCCUGUCUAUCCGUUGAAGUUCUGUCCUUACAAAAAGUUAUCCGUGUAAGUUAUUUUUUUUUAAAAAAGGAGUUGAUUAGAAAGUGCAAAGGUUAUUUGUUUUGAUAUUCUUCAUUCUGUUUAAGGGACAGUUCUCUCUCACCACCAUGGGCAAAACAACCUCCAAAGAUCCUCAACCUGUAGGAGGUAUUUUGUAUUUAUAAAUUCAUUUUUGAAUUAAAACCUUAUUAUUAUUGAUAUAUUAAUUUAAUAUUUUAAUCCAAUACUCUAAUAAUAACAAAAAUCAACAUUAUUAGUAUUGAUAUAUUUCAUCAAUAUAAGUGUAUUUUCCUAUUAUCUAGAAGAUGUUUUGUAUUUUAUAAUCCUAAUUAUGCAAAAACCCACAUGUAUUUUGGUAUAAGUAUUAUUAUAGAAGUAGUGAUGUUACAUAAUGGAACAACCUCCAAAGAUCCUCAACCUGUAGGAGGUAUUUUGUAUUUAUAAAUUCAUUUUUGAAUAAAACCUUAUUAUUAUUGAUAUAUUAAUUUAAUAUUUUAAUCCAAAACUCUAAUAAUAACAAAAAUCAACAUUAUUAGUAUUGAUAUAUUUCAUCAAUAUAAGUGUAUUUUCCUAUUAUCUAGAAGAUGUUUUGUAUUUUAUAAUCCUAAUUAUGCAAAAACCAACAUGUAUUUUGGUAUAAGUAUUAUUAUAGAAGUAGUGAUGUUACAUAAUGGGUUCUUGGGAAAAAAAUGGCUUUACAGAAUAAACCACAUGUAUUUUCGUAUAUGUAUUAGUAUAGAAACAUGUUGAUCCUCUUCAUCAUUUUUUAAUAUCUCAGAAUGAACCUGUUGUUCAGGAUUAAAUAUUGUCUUACACAGCAAAAUAUCGCAGACUUAUUUUGCAAAUUUUUAAAACUCUACAAAUAAACAAUUAUUAAGGUGAUAUCUUCACGUGAAAUAUUUAAAAAGUGAACAAAUAAUUAUUUUCAGAAUUACAAACGAAAUCCUACAACAAAAAAUCAUACAGCGUCAACCAAGAAUUAUACACCUAUAACAAAAAUAUUUACAGUAUUAAUUAUACAACAACAUAUUUAUAUUUUACCUUUUGAAAAUAAAACAUCAUCAGUACUUAUUCUUCGACCAGAACUAAAUUUAAAUGUAUAAUAAAUAACUAUUUAUCAAGUUCUGUACGUAAUACAAUUAUUUAAUAUAUUUGUUUACUCUUUAUAAUCAUAACUUUAUAUUUUAAUAUUUUUUUUCUUUCUAAUAUCAGAGUCAUCAAGUUCAAACACAACGAAGCGAAAACGUGGACGGCCGCUAGGAGUACGUAAUAAAGUUAAAGGUAUACCUUAAAUUCAAUCACUCAAUCCAUCAAUGUUCUGUAUUACUUACUUAUUAAAAAAACCCAAACAUCUCGACUACUUGGUCCAACUUUUCUAAUAUCAUUCAUUUAUUCUUAUUCUUCCCGAACAGCUCCAGCUGCGGGAACUAUGCCACAACAUUUUGCCCCACAAUACUUUGACUGUGAGUUAUCCAGCUAUAUCACACAAAAAACAAAUUCUAUAUUAAUAUAUUUAUGAUGGUUUGUGAUUAUGCUAAGUAGACACAAAUAUUUUACUUACAAUGCUUUUAUGGGUAAACAUUUUACCCUCUAUAGGUGGCUGCGACAUUUGCGCGUUAUACGGUACAAGAUUCUAAAUGAUAACAUUUUCAUUUUUGUUAAAUAUACCAUCUGAUUAUUAACAUAUAAUUAAAAUAUUAAUACAUGCAGUGGCAAGAACAAAUGCCCGUGCCAUGCGAAGGGCAAUAUUAUUAUCAAAACGUACAUCAAGAAGGAUAGAAGGUAACCAUCAAAUAAUACAACUACAACUUCACAAUAAAAUAAAUAAUUUAUGUGGAGUAACCAACAACAAAUUUUUUUAAUAGGACCCAGCGCAGCUACGCCCGCACGAAAUCAACGAAUCGGCAGAGCUAAAGGAAAAGGUACAUAUUUUCCUACUUUAGAUACAUUUUAUGUUUACCUAUUAAACCGCCAGUAGAAUUAAAGAAAAUUAACGUGUGCAAUUCUCAUAUAUAGAAUAUUUUCGACUUUUGGUUACAAAAAUAAACCCCACAAGGAAAAUCACCAAAAUGUCAUCAAGAGUCAUGGAGUCUCCUAUGUCUCUCAUGACUCUUACAUACUUUGUCUAAUACCCUGAAUAUUUAUUACAAAAAGUCAAGAAAAUUAUCUUAAACCAUUAUUUUAAGAUAACAUGUUCUCAAAUCUAAAUUUUAAAUAUUUUCCCUCCCAAAAUUAG